CUCAUUUUUUUCUAUUGUUUAGGUAACUUUUCAUUUUAUGCCGAAGGCACGCCGUUAUUAUUUGCGCCUGUAAUUAAAGCAACUAAGAUAGUCCGAAACCCAAAUGAAACAGAGAUAGCUGCUGGACGGAAAACUGUUUACGACACCUGGUUUGCCACGUUUCCUGCAAAUAAAUUUGGACGACCUAAGAUUUUGUUGCCGGGGUCUGGCAGUGACUAUGCACCGUUUCGUGACAAGCUUGGAAUUCCUAUUAUUGACCUCUGGUAUACAUACGAUCCUGAUCUUGCAGUAUUGUCUUACCCAUUAUAUCACUCCGUUUAUGAUACUUUCUAUAUGGUGGAUAAAAUCGCAGACAGAGGUUUCAAGUACCAUAAAACGAUGGGUCAGAUUUGGACAGAAGUGACACGUGACUUGGCAGAUAGUCUUCUUUUACCUUUCAAUGUAUCAGAUUACUCCAGCGUAUUGAAGGACCUUGGUGAAACGUUUAUUACAAGAUUUGACAAAGAAAUGAGAGGCCAUGGCUUAGACACUUCACUUCUGCAGAAUGCAAUUGAAAAUUUUACAAAGGAAGCAGAGGAGUUUGAAAAGCGUAUAAAAACAGCCAACUUACAAGACCCUUUUGUGGUACGGCGUAUCAAUGAUCAACUGAUGCAGCUGGACCGAGCAUUUCUAGAUCCCGCUGGGUUACCAGGAAGAAAACUUAAGAGACAUAUUUUAUUUGCGGACAGCACGAUUGACAAUUACUCAGGUAGCAGUUUUCCUGGUCUUUCAGACGCACUAGUUGAGAUAUCACUUGGGAAAAAUGAUGACAAACAGUGGAAAAUAGUCCAGAAACAUUUCUCAGUGAUUUUAUUUACAAUACAGUCAGCUGCAGGAACAUUAAAAGACGUAUCUGAUUUUAUGUAUAACUACUAAAAUAAUAUCUAGAGCCGAUUUAUGUACGUGAUGUUGCCGAUGAAAACUUUUAAUUUUUGAAAUUUCUUUAAGUGUUAAAUACAGAUGUAUAUUCCAUUGUGAAUGUGCUUUACCUGAGAAUCAAUCUGGCGGCAUCUGGGCAAUGGUGUCCGGCAUAGACUAGCCACUAGACUGAUAUCAAAUAUAUUUCUAAAUUUUACCCAUUUUUGUCGAAUUCAAUUUCAUAGAGACAAAAGCCAGUCUUUUUUAGAGAUUUUCACAGAGGAAUGAUGUUAAAAUUAUCAUAUUGGACAUAGGAUAUACAUUCAAUCAUAAAAAUGUAAAAAGAUAUAUCAUAGUCUAGGAGCUAGUCUAGGUCCGGCAUCGCAAUGGUUGAUUGUGAGCACAAGUUUGAAGUUAACCAAUGGUAAGACUGCAUUCUGAGACAAGGUCAGUUGGUUGAGGUAUCGCACUGCUUAUGUUAAACACAUUUACAAUGUAAUGCCAUUACACAGUUAUUCCAUCUAACAAAUAAAUAUUAUGUGUACGUCUUA